AUGGCCAAGUCUCUAUGUCAAUACCCUGAGUUUUCUUCAUCUCCUGAGCAUAAUGAUAUUUUACGAGAUCGUUAUUCUCGACCUAAUUUUGAUGCAAUGCUCUCACCUCUAUCAUCAACGAAUUUUUCUAUAGAAAACGUAGAAAAAGAAAGAAAAGCUCGGAAAAAAAUUCGAUAUUUGCUAGACGAACAAGCAAUUAUCAACGAACAGUUAGCUGAUGAGAAUGAAAUUUUGAAUGUCCAACAAAAAAGCUUGCUUAAACUUUUAAUUACUAGCUCCCCCCAUCGUGAGCGAACAAAAAAAUUUUAUUACUCACGAGGUGGGUUAGUUUUUUUUUUUUUAAAUUUAUAUCCGAAAUUUUUAAAAAAAUUCCACUUUUUCAAAAACUGGAAAGCAAAUAUUAAUUUAACUUGUAAAGUUUGUAUAAAAUUAAAAAGAAUUAGCUAGAGAUUUCAUGAUACUAGUUAUCACUUAUAUAUCAAAAAUUUUUGUUCGCACACGGGGGUGGCUUUUGGUCAAAAAUAGGAAUUUUUCUAAUGGUUUUGUUCGCUCACGGAGGGGGGAGUAAGGAUAAGCAGCUUGAAAGUUUAGCGGCUUCUUUAUCAUCAACUUUAAAUACAAGCGAAAAUUUCAAAGAGAUGGAUAACUGCGAAACACAAACAAUAAUUUUUGAUGGAAUAGAAAGAAUUAUUACAAGGAAACUGAAAAGUGCAUGAAAACGAUUUGAAUUAGGAACCUGGGCAAAAAUCAAAGAAAGAAUGGAAGAUCAACUGAAAAUUGAAAAAAUGAAUUUUGGAGCAAUGUAUUUAAAACAUAUUUUAGUUAAAAACCACCAAAAAAAUAUUGAAAAUGUGUGGAGAGAAUUUCAAAAACCAAUAAAAACUUCAAGCUAUUUGCCAAGAAUUAUUAUAAGAAUUUUCGAAGAACAGAUGAAAGCUUCUAUUUUUAAAUUGAAGAAAAAUGUGAUAAAUAGAAAAAUUACCCAAGAAAAAGCUAGGAAUUUUGGAGCAAAAAUCUAUUAUUUGCUUCAGAGCCACUCAUAUAGCAAAAGAUCGCUGGAACAUUGCUUUAAAAAAUGGUCAUCAAAGCAAGACUGCUCUCAAAAUGUUAAAAUACUUGGCAAAGUAAUUCUAAAUUUAUUGAGAAACCAAUUAAGGUUGCCAUUCGGAUUGAUAUAUAAAUCAAGUAUUAUAAAUAUUAUUGAUAAUUUAAAACAGGAAAACCAAGCAAAAUAUAUAAAUGAAGCAGAAACUGAGAUUGAUACAUUUGUUAAGGAAAAUUCUGAGCUUUAACUUUAACUUUAAUAGAUAACUCUUUCUUUAAUCCUGUCUUGAAUCGUCUUCGCCAAAUUGAACCAACUCUGAGUAACGGUGGGAAAACGAAACACCUUUAGACUUGAUAUUCAAUUUUCUAGCCCAUCAGGACUCACAGCCUUGACCAGACACAGCCUCAGCAUCUUCUCUUUCUGCUCCAACUCUCCAGGAACCGAGAUUCCCUUCACUAAGCUGAGCUAUAGGGACCUUGCCCUAUCAUCAACUUCCCAUUUUUAAUCGUGAAUUCUGAGCUAAAAGAAGAGUUAAAAAUAAAAUUAGAUGAAAGAGAUUUUUUGCAAAGUGAGCUUGAUUCAGCAAAGCAAAAAAUAAAAGAGGAUGAAAAUGAAAUACAAGAAUCAAUGAUACAAAAUGCCCAGCUUAAAAACCAAAUUAAAAAACUUCAGGAUGUUCUUGCUCAGCUUCAGGCUGAUAAAUCGAAAUUUCAAACGAAUGAUAUAGAACAGCGAAAGCAGAUAAUUUCAAUGACUUCAGCAUUAGAAAGCCUAGAAGAAGAUAAAGAAAAGCUUUUUGGAAGUUUAUCACAGGCAAACGAAGAAAUUAUGGACCUUAGAAAAGAACUUAAAACUCAGCAAAACGAAAAAGAUUUCUUUAAAAAUGAGCUUGAUACAGCAAAUCAUUUUAGUUUUGUUAGAUUAUAGAGUCUAAUGUAGAUGAAAAACCCAGUAAAGCCUAGCCUGAUGCAUAUAUCAAACGCUUUGCUCUGUUCCUUAAGGUUCAAAUUAUGAUAACGCCCAAGCUACAGAUUAAACGGUUGGGUCAAAUUGAAACACCUUUUUAAUUUUUAUCGAUACAGCAAAGCAAAAAAUCAAAGAAUAUGAAGAUGAAAGACAAGUCUCUGUGCUGCAAAAUGCACAGCUUAAGGGCCAAAUUAAAAAAAUUCAAGACAUGUUUGCUCAGCUGCAAACUGAAAAAUCAAAAUUCCAAGCAAAUGAUAUAGAGCAGCGCAAACAAAUAAUUUCACUAUCAUCAGCCAUAGAAAAUUUGGAAGAAGAUAAAGAGCAACUAUUCCAAAAACUUUCUCAAGCAAAUGAAGAAAUUACCGACCUUAGAGUACAGAUCAAUGAAUGUGCUCAAAGCAACGAACUCCUGUCAUCCAAUUUGCAAUUCUAUAUGAAACAGGAAAAGGAGAUUCAAAAGCAUCUCAAAGAGUCUGAAGACGAAAUAGAAUCAAAAUCAAAUUUAUUGUAUCAAAAAGAAAAUGAUCUACAAAAAUUAAACGAAACUAACCAAUCCUUAAGAAAUCAGCUGAACCAAGUUAAAAAAGAAAUAGAAAAUUUGCAGCAAAAUCCUGAUAAAAAUAAAAUUAAGCAACUAAUAAAAGAAAAUUCCCAACUAAAUGCAAAAAUAGAAGAGCUUCAAAAAUCUUCAGAAAAAAGAAAUAAUAAAGAAAUUGCUGAAUUAAAAGGAGAGUUAAAAAAGUAUCAAGAAAUUUCCCAGCAAGCAAACCAUGAUAAUUCAUUGCUUCAUCACGAACUAGAAUUAGUGACUAACGAACUAAAUAGCAUUCAAGAAGAAAGAAAUCAGCUCUUGCAAGUAAUCAAAGAAAAGCAAACAAUUCACCAUCAAAAAAGUGAAUCCCAAGUUCAAGCAAUGCGAGAUUAUUGCAAUAAUCUUGAGCAAAAGGUGCAAAGCUUACAAACGGCUGUUAAUAAGUCGAAAAAAUACGAAAAUGAAGUAGAAGAAUUGAAGGAAAGGAAUGAAAGUUUAGAAGAAAAAGUUGCAAAGCUGCAAGCUGAGCUUGAAGAAGUCAAUGAGGUAGCGAUUACCAGUAGAAAACAAAUUGUGUUGGUUACUGCUGAAAUUGAAAAUUAUGCAAGUAUUUUUGGUAUAAUGGAAGAAAAAAUCACAGAAACAGAAGAAAGGCUUAAAAAGGCUGAGCAUGAAAGAGAUAUGGCUAAACUUGAAACUCAAACAAUAAGGCAGCGCUAUAUCAAUAAGAUAGACAGCAUAUAA